AUGGAGUGUGUGGGAUCCGACCACGGAGAAUAUGAUCCGGACGAUUUGGACCUCCCUGCCUCCCGUCAAUCGACCGUAGCCACCGCUGCUACAACGACUAGGCUACCAACAUUCACCCCUUGCAUUCGCGUGUCCGCUAUGUCAGAACUGAAAGAGUUCUCCGGGAAGGACGACGACGAGGAUCGACGCGGGCUUGGAUCGGCAAGGUGA